UCACCAUGGCCGAGCUGCUGCGGAACCUGCGCGACUCCCAGCUCGUGGCGCGCUUCCAGCGCCGCUGCGGGCUCUUCCCGGCGCCCGAGGACGGGCCCCGCGGGAAGGCUGCGGGCCCCGCGGAGGGCGCGGCCGGACAGCACCCCGCCGCGCUCCGCGGCCGGGGCGGCGGGGCCCCGCAGACGGGGACCAGACGCGCUGCGGAUCCAGAAGCUUAUGUACAGAAGUACAUUGUGAAGAAUUAUUUCUACUAUUACCUGUUCCGAUUUUCAGCCACUUUGGGACAAGAAGAGUUCUACAUCACGUUCCUUCCAUUCACUCAGUGGAAUAUUGAUCCUUAUUUAUCCAGAAGACUCGUCAUGAUAUGGGUUCUGGUGAUGUAUGUCGGCCAGGUGGCCAAGAGCAUCCUGAAGUGGCCUCGACCCGCCUCGCCUCCUGUUGUACAACUAGAAAAGAGAAUUGUGGCAGAAUUCGGAAUGCCAUCCACCCAUGCCAUGGCGGCCACCGCCAUCUCCUUCACCUUCCUCAUCACUACCAUGGACAGAUACCAGUACCCUUUCCUUUUGGGACUGAUGACGGCUGUGCUGGUCUCCACCUUGGUGUGUCUCAGCAGAAUCUACACAGGGAUGCACACGGUCCUGGAUGUUUUGGGCGGGGUCUUGAUCACCGCUCUGCUCAUCGUUCUCACCUACCCUGCCUGGACCCUCAUCGACCGCCUGGACUCGGCCAGCCCCCUUUUCCCUGUGUGCGCCAUCAUCGUGCCCUUCUUCCUGUGCUACAAUUACCCAAAGAUGGAUUACUACACCCCUACCAGGGCGGACACCACCACCAUAGUAGCUGCCGGGGCUGGAGUGACUGUGGGCUUCUGGAUCAACCAUUUCUUCCAGCUCAUGUCUCAGCCCGCCAAACCUCUCCCUGUCAUUCAGAACAUCCCACCGCUGACCACUGAGAUGAUCAUUUUGGGUCUGACCAAGUUUACAGUGGGGAUCGUACUGAUCCUCUUGGUUCGUCAAUUUGUACAAAAUCUCUCACUGCAGGUGUUAUACUCGUGGUUCAGGGUGGUCACCAGGAACAAGGAGGCCAGGCGGAGACUGGAGAUUGAAGUACCUUACAAGUUUGUCACCUACACCUCUGUUGGCAUCUGUGCCACAACCUUUGUGCCAAUGCUUCACAGGGUUAUGGGAUUACCCUGAACCUCCAUCCUGCUGGUCCUGAGAGCCAAUAGUAUACUAGGAAGUUGCGGGGCAGAUAAUCUUGACAACUCAUAUUAAAAUCUUAAGUCAUACCCUUGCUUUGCUGAUACAGCUACUGCUGUGAGUCUAACAAUGAUUGGUCUGUAAGAAUUACAGUACAGUGGAUCUGGGAUGAAACCUUGAGAAAGUUCUUUGAGAACAUGCUUGUCUUCUCUGUUACAUGGACUUAGAGGAUCUCGUUCUGGGUGGCAGGAACUGUGGCUUGGCUUAAGGAAGAUCGCAGCCUUGCUGGGCUCUGGGAGUCAACAGACCUGGGGUAAUGUGAAGGCAGAGCAUUGUUUCAAUUCAUGCUAGAACAAAGUCUCAUUUCCAGUAUGGGAGAAAGGACAGUGCUUCAUGUAAAACUUCCUUCCUUCUGCAGAUGGACUUCCUGGGCCCAUGUGGGAGUGAGACCACCUGGUCUCAUACAGGAGGUGAGGCAGUGGGACAGGGCCUGUUGUAGGGAAGAGCCAUGGUGUCCUUCAGGGCCCACAGUUACAGGAGCUGGGAGGCCAUGCUUGAGCCUUCUGCAGGUCCCACGGAACGAUGGGUGAAGGCCAUCUCACAGGUAGAUACCCAGGUGGGAGGGGCCGAUGCUCCUGCCCCUCCUCUCUCAAUCUUCACAGCCUUCCACCAUUUGGGCUUUUGCACAAACCUAGAAGGCCCUGGCUCCUGUCCACAAGCAGAAGAACUUUAUCCUUUGGGGAACCUGACCAAGCGGGGCCUAGGCCUCCCUAACAUUGCCUGAUCCUGACAAAAACUCCUGGCACCACGCUUUCUUUUCUCCGUUACUUUCUGGAAUUCUAUUACUCAUCUACUAGUUAGCACCUGGGGCUUCCUUUCAGUCUUCCACCUCUGAUCUCGGGGCAAAUUUUACCUCUCUUGGGAAAACAAACCAA